CCUUCAAGCAGAGCUCGGCGCCUGAUGCCAAGAGCCACUACACGGCCAUCGUCAUGGGCGCAGGCCUCUCUGGCAUGGCCUCGGCGAUCCAGCUCAAGCGCAAGCUCGGCCUCGAGGACGUGCUCGUCUACGAAAAGACCUCGGACGUUGGAGGAACCUGGAACGUCAACCGUUACCCUGGCGCCGCAUGCGACAUUCCCUUCACCUUCUACUCGUUCUCGUUCUACCCUGCCUACCACGCCAAGAGCGACUGGGCCGGUCAGGCCGACAUCCUCGACUACCUCCACGAGGUCCAGGACAAGUUCAACCUGCGCAACAUCGUCUUCCGCACCGCGGUCGAGACGGCCACCUUCUCGCGCGACGACGGCCUGUGGCACCUCACGGUCCGCGACGACGAGACGGGCGAGGUCCGCAAGCGCACGUGCAACAUCCUCCUGUCGUGCCUCGGCGGCCUCACCAUCCCGAACGACCCGCCGUUCGACCCGAAGGACUUUAACGGCGAGGUCUUCCACUCGGCUCGGUGGCGUCAGGACGUCGACAUCAAGGACAAGGACGUCGUCGUUGUCGGCAACGGUUGCUCGGCGGCACAGAUUGUGCCCGAGAUCGUCAAGGAGUGCCACUCGGUGACGCAGAUCGCGCGCUCUCGCCAGACCUUCUUCAAGCGCAUCCCGACGCCCGACGGCCCCUUCGUCCGCUUCCUCAUGAGGUGGCUUCCAGGCUUCGGCUUCCUCUUGCGCUGCGCCACCUUCUUCAUCAUCGAGACCCUGUUCCGCAUCAUGGACCUCAAGAAGGGCGCCAAGGACCGCCGCAACGCCGUCAAGGAGCUUCGCGAGUACAUGCACGAGAAGGCGCCCAAGAAAUACUGGAAGGACCUCGAGCCCGACUUUGACAUCGCCGCCAAGCGUCGCGUGUUCGACUCGGGCUACUACGAGUCGCUCGGCGCGCCGAACAUGGAGCUCAUCGCCGACGACACGGUCACGUCGGUCAAGGGCGACAAGGUCAUGACCAAGGCGGGUCGUACGGUCCGCGCCGACGUCAUCGUGCUCGCGACCGGUUUCAAGGUCCGCGACUUCCUCUUCCCGCUCAAGAUCGUCAACGACAAGGGCGUGUCGCUCCAGGAUCGCCUCAACGCGACGGGCGUCAAGACGUACCAGUCGACGCUCGUGUCCGAGUUCCCCAACUUCUUCUGGAUCAUGGGGCCCAACUCCGCGACGGGACACUCGUCGGUCCUGUUCACGUCCGAGGCGCAGCUCAACCUCGUGUUCCACCUCGUGCGCCCGCUCCUCAAGCAGUUGCGCAAGAACCCCAAGGGCCGCCCGGCGCCGUACGUCGAGGUGACGCGCGAGGCCGAGGACAGGGUCUACGCCCGCCUGCGCGCCGAGAUGAAGAAGAAGAUCUGGGAGAAGGACGGCGGCAGUUGGUACGUCGACCAGAAGACGGGCCUGUGCACCACGCUGUACCCCUGGUCCCAGGUCCACUUCUGGCGCUCCUGCACGUUCCCUCGGUUCGGCGACUUCAAGUGGACCAAGGCGGGGCCGCCGGCCACUUGGCGCAGCUACCUCGGCUGGUACUAA